GGGGCGGGGCCGCGCCCCCGCCAUAGCCACGGCCCCGUCCCCCGGCACGGCGCCUCACGGCUGCGGCCGCCUGUCGCGACAGCCGACCUCCGGCACGGCACGGCACGGCACAGGCAGGUGGGAUCCCCAGUGUGAGGGGCCGCUAGACGCCAGGAUUACAUAACUGCGUACUGAGGGAGCAGCUGCAAGAUUACACGAUGCAGAUUAGAGAUUACGUUGAUUCAGCAGAUUGUCCUGUGCCUGUCUGAGAAAGAUUACGCCAGCAGAGUUCAGAAUACCCAUUUGCUGUGGUGCCGAGUUACAAGAAUAGCCUCUGACCAAGAAUUAAAGUUGUUGUUGGAAUAAUAUGCGAACAGAUCAUGAAGAACUCUGUGGCACCAGUUAUGGAUCUUUCUGUCUAAAUGGAGGGAUUUGUUAUAUGAUUCCUACUGUAUCCAGUCCAUUCUGCAGGUGUAUUGAGAAUUACACAGGAGCCCGUUGUGAGGAAAUUUUGCUGCCCAGCAUCAAGUCCCAAACAAAAGGUGACCUGUUUGCAGCUUUCUUGGCUUCACUACUUCUUCUAGGAGUUCUUGUAAUUGGAACAUUCUACUUCCUUUGCAGAAAAGCUUCCAUCCCAAGGACAAGUUCUUCAGAGUGUGGUGCCAACCUGGUUGAAACUACAAGUAGCAAUGGCUGCAACAAAAUAAUCACAGAGUAAAGCAUCGGACUGGAAGAAUGGCAGGAAAACAACAUGCAGAGCAACCCUAAGAACACAACAGUUGUAGAGAAGGAUGUGGCAAGCAAGAUGAGAAAAGAACACAGACUGAAAUAGGAGACUGCCUGAUGUGUUGGAGGACACUGCAACUAAGACAUAAGGAGAAAGAGUUACACGUUAGAGUUUCUAUGUGUUUUUAAAGGUGUAUCACAUUAUACAGAGAUCACUAUAAUCACUACAAUUACUUUCAAUUUUCUGAGAUUUUUCAUGACAAGGUACUGAUUUCAAUAAUGCACAGAUAGAAGCAUGAGAGAAUUUUGGUUUCUGCUGCAUGGGAAACAUGAAAUAAUACUCUUUCACUGCACAGAGACUAUAAUUGUAGGGCUUUUAGCAUGAGGUGAUACUAUGAAUUUGUUAAUAGGAUUAUCCUUUUUCACAGGAUUGCCCCAGAGGAGCUGAGCACUGUCUUGAUUCUAUAGUUUCAAAAUUUAUACCUGUGAUACAUGUCCAGUAUUUGUCUUGUUUCAGGUACAUUUACCAGAUACAGGGGGGGAAAAAAAAAGAAGUUCCUUUCUUCAGCUAAAACCCACCUUUUUUUUUUUUUAAAUAGUAAAACAAACAGGAGGAUGAGGUGCCACUGCUAGUGUGUUGUCCAGCUUCAGGGCACAAGACUUCAAUUCAAAGGAAAUAUUAAGAAAAGAGAUAGGUUAUGGUUAAAAGACGUUUACUAGGCAGAGUAUUUACUGUUUGCUUGGUGUAUGUCCCUAACAUUAAACAAGAUGCAUUCC